AUGAUUAUAGGGACGUCGGAGAGGAUAGCUGGAGUGACGCGAGGGCUGGGAGUAGCGCGUGCUCAAAGCGAGGAUAAGGUGCCGCUCGCUUUCUCUGCCAGGAGUCCGAGCUGGUAUGAGCGGUCAGCGCGUAUGGGUAGAGCAAGACCGAGUCAAGGCGCAACGCUUCACACUUCUGCAAAAUGCAGACGGGAUCUAGGCUCCUCUGGCACCGGCACGACACGACGAUCGGCCCCUCAAGCCCCACCUGCCGGACUGCGCACGACCUCCUUUCCACCACCUUCCUUUCCCGAAGCUUUUGGAGCAAACCAAAUGAUUCCCCUCUCCUCCGACCUCAAUCGCAGACUCUCCAACAUCCACUCUUCUUUCCGCGCACCCAUCCGUUUCGCCUUCGCUUAUGGAUCUGGGGUCUUCAAACAGUCGGAUGCGGGACCGGAACAUUCGAAGAGACCUCAAGGUCCCAAAGGGAAAAUGAUAGAUGUCGUCAUGGCUGUUGCUCAUCCUGAGCAUUGGCACAGCGUCAAUAUGAAGCAGCACCCUCGACACUACCCCACGUUGGCUAGGCUGCUCGGAGGCACUGCGGCUGCAAAAGCUCAGAAAUGGGGAGCUGGACUCUGGUACAAUCCUUAUGUCAAGAUAGGGGAUGAGCUCAUCAAGUACGGCGUCAUCUCUGUAGAUGAUCUGUGCAACGACUUGCUCGACUGGGACACGCUGUACGUCAGUGGAAGGAUGCACAAACCAGUCGCGAUGCUGCAAGCAGACGCUCGCGUGCGAUUAGCGCAACAGGUGAAUUUGACCUCUGCUUUGCGCGUAGCACUCUUGCUGCUACCAGAGCGCUUCACGGAGGUGGAGCUGUACACGCAGAUCGCUUCUCUCAGCUACACUGGAGAUUUCAGAAUGAGUGUGCCAGGCGGAGAGAAUGCGGACAAGGUGCGGAACAUCGUGCUGGGCCAGCGAGACCAAUUCAGGCGGCUAUAUGCCGGACUUGUCAGGAGCUUUGGUACUGUCCACAUAGAAGAGACCAGGGCGGAUCGAUUUGCCAUGAUUCAAGAUACGUCUGCCGCCACUAGAGCAGACUACGCAGGUCGCUUACCUCUACGGCUCCGAGAAAAGGUGCAAGCGCACUACACGGCUCAUCCGGAUGCAGAUCCAGCCUUUUUGGCCCUGUCGCUGAGCAGGCGAUCGGACCAGGUGACACGCAAGCCCAGCGCCGUCUCCCGAAACUCUGACGACGCGGAUGCGGAAAAGGAGAGGCGCAAAGCGUUUUGGAAAGCUGCUGUGGAGCAAAAAGACUUUGAAAGGGUUUUGCUGCAGAUGAUUGCGAAGACGGUCAAGGGGCCUGCUUGGGCUCAGAGCGUAAAGGGCGUCUACACUGCUGGAUUCGGCAGAUCACUUAGAUAUGUCCUGGCAAAGGUCGGAAAGGUGAGCGUUGGGUCCUUGCAUGCUUGCUACAUGGGAUGGGGACUUUCAGAAGCUGAAUCUGCUACCUUUUGUUGUGAUUGA